GGUCAAUUUACUGUAUCGAGUACUAGAGAGCACACAUUUCGCAGUGCUGAUUGUGGCUAUACAGAGAGUUGCUCUUUCUGAAACCUUUUGAUCUCCCGUCUCCGCGACAUUGACCCCCCUCUCCCAACCUGGCUUCCGCUCCUUUCACGGUCUACUCGUCCGCCAGACCGCCUCGAACCAAGGACACCUCCAACACCGCCAGCAUGUACACAUCGGCAUCUCGAAAUGUCGACUUGACCAAAACCGAAACAGAACUCACCACGCAUAUUCGCAAGGCCACGUCGAUUGAAGAGACCGCGCCCAAGCGGAAACAUGUACGCGCCUGUAUCGUCUACACGUGGGACCACAAAAACUCCCAGUCCUUCUGGAAUGGCAUCAAGGUCCAACCCAUCCAGGCGGAUGAGGUGCAAACCUUUAAAGCCCUAUACACCGUUCACAAGGUGAUGCAGGAAGGGCACCCUGUUGCCUUGAAAGAGGGGCAGCAACACGUCAGCUGGCUGGAAGGGUUGUCGCGUGGUAUGGGUGGAGAUGGUAUACGGGGCUAUGCGCCAUUGAUCCAGGAAUACAUUUUCUUCUUGGUCUCCAAGAUGAAGUUCCACCGGGAGCAUCCCGAGUUCAAUGGCCUGUUUGAGUAUGAAGAAUACAUCUCACUCAAGUCGAUUAACGAUCCGAAUGAGGGCUACGAAACGAUCUCCGAACUCAUGACGCUACAGGACCAGAUUGACAGCUUUCAGAAGCUGAUAUUUGCCCAUUUUCGUGGCGGCAGCAACAAUGAAUGCAGAAUAGCAGCUUUAGUGCCGCUUGUGCAAGAAAGUUAUGGAAUUUACAAGUUUAUCACGAGCAUGCUGAGGGCAAUGCACACCACCUUGGGAGACGACGAAGCCCUGAGCCCCCUGCGGGGCAGAUACGACGCACAGCACUACCGUCUGGUCCGCUUUUACUACGAAUGCUCGAACCUCCGAUACCUGACAUCUCUCAUCACGAUCCCGAAGCUGCCUCAAGACCCCCCGAACACGCUCGCCGAAGACGAAAAUGCGCCCGCCUUGCCAUCGCGCCCGAAGAACGAGCCCGUCACGAAGCCGCGUGACACGCCUCCGCCCCGCGCUGACACCGACCCGGAGCCGAUUAACGAAUUCUGGAAGAACGAGCAGGCGCGUCAGCAGGAGGAGUACGAGGCCGAGCAGCGUAGACUACAGGCACAAUGGGAAGAAGCCCAGCGACAACAGCAGCUGGCUCAGCAACAAGCCCAGCGUGACUUUGAGGAGCAGCAGCGAUUGCAGCAGGAGCAGCAAAGAAUGCAAUUGGAAGCACUACAGCGAGAUCAGUAUAGCCAGCAGACUCAAGGGCGCAUGGCAGAGCUGGAACGCGAAAAUUUGAACGCCCGCGCACAGUAUGAACGCGAUCAGCUCAUGUUAGAGCAGUACGAUCGUCGAAUGAAGGCCCUGGAGCAAGAGCUGGCACAACUGAACUCGAACUUCCAACAGCAGAAUCAGAGCAAGGACGAUCAAAUUCGAGCUUUGCAGGAGCAAGUGAAUACAUGGCGAACGAAAUAUGAAGCAUUGGCCAAGCUGUACAGCCAGUUGAGACACGAGCACCUGGAAUUACUACAGAAGUUCAAGGGUGUGCAACUCAAGGCAUCGUCGGCCCAAGAAGCAAUCGAUCAGCGCGAGAAGUUGCAGCGUGAGCUCAAGACGAAGAAUCUGGAACUGGCAGAUAUGAUUCGCGAGCGUGAUCGAGCAUUGCACGACAAGGACAGAACGACGGGAGGUCAUCGCGACGAGUUGGAGAAGUUAAAGCGCGAGCUGCGCAUGGCACUGGACCGCGCCGAGAAUGCAGAUCGUGCCAAGGGCAGCGAGCUGUCUGCAAUGCUGUCACGGCAUAACCGCGAGAUUGCUGACCUCGAAGAGGCCCUCCGCAACAAGACGAGGACUUUGGAUGAUAUGCACAUGAAGCUGGGCGAGGGCAGCUCUGAUCUGGAGCGGCAGUUGCGCGAGAAGGAAGAGGAGCUGGAAAUUUACAAAUCAGGCAUGGACCAGACUCUUCUCGAGCUCAACGACCUCCGUAAUGGAAAUGGCGUGGGGGACAAGGCCAUGGACGAGCAGAUCGACGUCAUGCUGCUCGAGAACAUCAAGAAGAUUAAUGAAUUGAUCGACUCUGUUCUGCAGUCUGCAGUGCAACGCGUGGACGACGCUCUCUACGAGCUCGACAGCUCGAUGAUCGCCGGAAACCAGAACGCGAGUGGUCCCUUUGUGCUGUCGACGAUUGAGAACGCGCAGACCUAUGCCAUCGAGUUCAGCACGUCCUUUAACAAUUUCAUUGCGGAUGGCCCAUCUAGCAGCGAGCACGCAGAAGUCAUCAAGAACGCCAACAAGCUCGCCAACGCGAUUGCUGAUGUGCUCUCAAACACCAAGGGUCUCACACGCUUCGCCAGCGACGAGAAGAAGAGCGACCAGCUCAUGAACGGUGCCAGAAACUCGGCGAACAAGACGAUUGCUUUCUUGCGUGGUAUCAUGUCGUAUCGCUUGGACGGCCUGGAUGAUCUGCAGAAGACUGACGUGGUCAUCAACAAGAACAACGACGUUCAGCUCGCGCUCCGACAGCUGAGCAAGGUCGCAGAUGCAUUUGCGCCGAAGUCGAACAUCACUGGCCAGGGCGACAUUGGCGAGCUUGUGGACAAUGAGAUGACGAAGGCCGCCCAAGCCAUUGAUGCUGCGACGGAACGUCUCAGCAAGCUCAUGAACAAGUCUCGCGAUGGAUACUCGACUUACGAGCUAAAAAUUCACGAUGCUAUCUUGGCCGCUGCAGUAGCAGUCACGAAUGCCAUCGCACAGCUUAUCAAGGCUGCCACGGCGUCUCAGCAGGAGAUUGUCAACCAAGGCCGUGGCUCCAGCAUGACCAAAUCGCAAUACUACAAGAAGAACAACCGCUGGACCGAGGGUCUCAUCUCCGCUGCGAAAGCUGUCGCCUCUUCUACCAACAUGCUCAUUGAGACGGCAGAUGGUGUCAUCACGGGGCGAAACAGCCCUGAGCAACUGAUUGUGGCCUCGAACGAUGUCGCAGCGUCGACUGCACAGCUUGUGGCCGCUUCGCGUGUGAAGGCUUCUUUCAUGAGCAAGACUCAAGAGCGUCUGGAAGAGUGCAGCAAAUCUGUCACGAGUGCUUGUCGCAGCCUGGUCAAGCAGGUCCAAGCCAUUAUUGAAAGUAAUAACAGCGGUGAGGAUCUGGAGGACUAUAGUAAGCUGAGUGGACACGACUUCAAGAAGAGGCAUAUGGAACAGCAGGUCGAAAUUCUCAAGCUGGAGAAUGAACUCUCGAGUGCGAGACAUCGACUCGGCGAGAUGCGGAAGCUGGCAUAUCAGGAAGACGAGGAGUAGGUUGAAUGCGUGUAAAAUGUGGUUGACGACCUCUCGCAUUUGCAUAAAGUAAUUGUAUAGCGCAUAUACCCUUCGUGAGCGCUCAGCGCUUCAUCCGCCUACUUUUUUUUCUUCUCUUUCGAAUGAAUUAUGACAGGACUGAAUCCAGGGCCUUUUUAUUUUUCAUUAACGUUGAC